CUGCGCGGAGGACACAGCUCCAGAGCCGGGCUCCCGGGUAGCCAUGGAGCGCCCGGUGAGAGUGAAGGCUUGGGUGGAGGAGAACCGGGCCUCCUUCCUGCCCCCGGUCUGCAACAAGCUCCUGCACCAGAAGCAGCUCAAAAUCAUGUUCGUGGGAGGCCCCAACACCAGGAAGGACUACCACAUCGAGGAGGGCGAGGAGGUGUUUUACCAGCUGGAGGGCGACAUGCUUCUCCGGGUCCUGGAGCGAGGCGAACACCGGGAUGUGGUCAUUCGGCAGGGCGAGAUCUUCCUCCUGCCCGCUGGCGUCCCCCACUCUCCACAGAGGUUUGCCAACACCGUGGGGCUGGUGAUUGAGCGGAGGCGGCUGAAAACCGAGCUAGAUGGGCUCAGGUACUACAUCGGGGACACUACGGAUGUCCUGUUUGAGAAGUGGUUCUACUGCGAGGACCUCGGCACACAGUUGGCCCCCAUCAUCCAAGAGUUCUUCAGCUCUGAGCAGCACAGAACAGGAAAGCCCAACCCUGACCAGCUGCUCAAGGAACCGCCAUUCCCCCUGAGCACACGGUCCGUCAUGGAGCCCAUGUCCCUGGAGGCCUGGCUGGCUGGCCACCGCAAGGAACUGCAGGCGGGCACACCACUCAGCCUGUUUGGGGACACCUAUGAGACCCAGGUAAUCGUCCAUGGACAAGGCAGCAGCAAAGGCCCGAGACAGGAUGUGGAUGUGUGGCUGUGGCAGCUGGAGGGCUCCUCAGUGGUGACAAUGGAAGGAGAGCACCUGAGCCUGACCCCCGGUGACAGCCUCCUGGUGCCAGCCGGGACUGCGUAUGGCUGGGAGCGAGGGCAAGGUUCUGCUGCACUGUCUGUGACCCAGGACCCCACCCGCAAAAAGCCCCUGGGGUGAUCCUUGCACUGUGGGCCAAAGCAGCCACAGGGUAUGUCCAAAUGCCACCCCUGCCAAAUAACUUUCCCAGCCCCACUGUUUCUACGUGUGCUGCUGCCAAGUGACUCAGCGUGCCCCGGGCUGGGUCCUGGACGUCACGGUCAUCCGUCCUCCUCCUGCCCUCUUGGCCAGGAUACCAGGCUCCUGGGGACCAGGGCUCCCCUUCCCCCAUCACAGCCCUCAUCCCACUGCCUCUCAUGGUCCUGCCAGGUGGACUGCUCCCCGAGGCCCCGCUGCCUCUCCGUCCCUCUGUCCCCACAGGCUCAGCACUUGCCUGUGCCCAGAAGGUUCUUCAUAAAGGCUUCCUGGUGGACCAGCGCCUGCCGGUCUGCACACACACAGGCUGUGGUCCAUGGCAGACACCGAAUGUUCCCGUGACUGUGUAUAUGUUGGGGGAGGGGUGUCUGGGGCACUGGUGACCAUGGACGUGUGGGGGACCUGUUAUGAGGUACCCCCGCUUGCAGAGAAGCACUCAUGCUGUGUGGCCCCUCCAUGCGUGCCCCUGUGUCUGUCCUGGGGGCACAGAUGAGGUCAUCCCUCUGCCUCUCUUUCUCACUUAUUCAAGUAACUUUAAAAAAAAAAAAUAGCACCUAUCAAGGUUUUUCUCCUUAAUAACAGAAGUGAAAAUGUAGAAAUACAUGAAAACACAAAAUCCCCCAGCCAGGGUUAACCAGUUAACCACAGCCCUGGGCCAGAGCCUGACCACUGGGGGAAGAGAAGUCUUGCUUUAGAAAUUGGACAGUUGCUUCUUCUGUAAUCUCCAGUUUGUCUUUUUCAAUACUAAUAAACUUCCUUUUGAAAAGGCAA